CAUCUUUUUCUACCAGCAUCUUCUUCUAUCCCUUGUUUAGUCAAAACACGGGUGCUAUUUUCAUCUGCCAUGGCGCUCAAAGUGCACGGAACCGUAGGUUCACCCGCAACCUUUCGUGCUCUCGCUGCUCUCCACGAGAAGGAUCUCGACUUCGAGUUCAUCCCGGUCAAUUUAUCGGCCAAGGAACACAAGUCACCUCAGUUCCUUGCUCACAAAAACCCAUUCGGUCAAGUUCCAGUGUUUGAGCAUGGUGAUUUGAAGUUAUUCGAAUCAAGGGCGAUUACAAAGUAUGUAGCGGAGGCUUUCGCUGAUAAGGGGACAAGUCUAAUACAUAAGGAUCCGAAGAAAUCAGCGAUACAAACAGUGUGGACGGAAGUGGAAGCUCAGAAAUUUGAUCCGACGGUGGCGAAGCUUGGUUGGGAGAUAGUUUUAAAGCCAAAGUUCGGGAUGACAACAGACGAGGCGGUUGUAGCAGAGUUUGAAAAGAAGCUGGAGCCUUUGCUGGACGUGUAUGAAAAACGGCUGACGGAGAGCAAGUAUUUGGGCGGGGAUAGCUUCACAUUGGCGGAUCUCCACCACCUACCGACCCUGCAAGGCAUAAUGGGGACGAAGGUGAAGAGUCAGUUUGACGCGCGGCCGCAUGUCAGUGCGUGGGCUUCUGAUAUCCUUUCCAGGCCUGCUUGGGUGAAGGUUGCGUCCAUGCUUACAAAGUGAACGUGAGAAUUGGCUUGAGAGUUGUACCUUGUGUUUGUGAUUGAGUCAAUAGUUGUGGUUUUCUAUAGAAAGUCAAUGGUUGUAACUUGUAUUUCAUCAGCAAUCGCUGUUUGAGUAAUUUUAUUCAAUAAUUUAUGGUUAAGGUCUCGCUUUUAUUAA